CCGUCGAUCAAGUAGCAGUUCCGGUUGGCGGAAAAGCUUAUCUGCCUUGUGACACACGAAACGAAGAUUUGGGAAAGUCUACAGACUCUUCCGGAUUUUUCAUGGUUAUGUGGUUUAAAGAACAGAAGGAAAAUAACCCGAUAGAUCAAAGCUACGAACAAGCCGCGUCGUUAUCUUCCUCAAUUUUGUCCACUUCCGGUGAACCCAUAUUCACGUAUGAUACAAGACAGACAUCUACAAAAGUACCAAAUCCACCGAGAUGGUGGUCUUCACCUAUGGGUUUUGGUGAUCGUGCAUACUUUCAUACAAUCGACAGUGAACCAAGACAACGUGACCAAGAUAUAGUUGAUCAUCUGACAGUGGAUAGAGCUAUGGCUACCGAUACUGGAAUAUAUAGAUGCAGAAUUGACUUCUUAAAAGCUCCCACCAAGAACAGACUAAUUAACUUAACAGUCAUAAUUGCUCCCGAACGACCAACCAUUUAUUUUGAAUAUGGCAAUUCUAUUGGAGGAGAUCGUCCAGAAAAUUACCGGCAGAAUUCCGGAAACGUGAUUGUUGUCGAUGAGGCGAGUCCAACUGUUACAUUGGUGUGCCGCGUUGUUGGAGGGUGGCCGCGACCUCGACUGACCUGGUAUCAUGAAAAUGCAGUAUUGCACUCUCCGUAUCAACUACUAAUUGAUGAUGACCACAGUCGCGGGUAUCGCAGAAAGCCAAACAACAGUGCCACUCCCAUCAGUGUUACUGUUAACCGUUUGGUAUUGACUAACUUAACCAGGUGGCAUCCGAUAAUGAGCCAACGACAACAAACAUUGGGCACGUCGCGCUUGACGUGUCAGGCAAGCAAUAGCAUUCUAAAUUCCGCGUCCAAUGGGAUUUCCCGUCCUUCGGCAAUUGCUGUAAAUGGAAAUUUGCCACCGCCAGCCACCACCGAACACACGUUUAUCCGUUUGAACCUGAUACCUACUGAAGUACAAAUUGUUUCAAUUAAAGGAUACGCAAAUCAUUUGAAAAGUAAUGAAAGCCAUGUGACUGAAAAAAAUGAUGUUUCCCCGUCAGAAGAUACAACUGGUCACAAGAAAUAUACAAUAAGAGCCGACCGGGUGUAUCAAGCUGAGUGUCGGUCAAAAGGAUCUCGACCAUUAGCUACAAUCGAAUGGUAUCUAUUAAAAAAAAAUCAACGCUUUAACGUUAGUCAAUCAACAAAUUCCACUCGUAUGUUGGAUAUAUCAUCCCUGAUGGUCUUAUUGAAAGAGCAACGAGGUAGUACGUCAGUUAUUUCAGAAAGAACAAUCUCCGGCAUAGUGAAAACACAACAAACGCCAGAAACAGUGACAGACAAAGAUGAAUUGGUCGUGACCACAAGUAUUCUAAGUUUCGUACUUUGGGGUCCAAAAUCUGCAGCUGUUAAUGAAAAUGAUGACAAUGAAUCAACUUUAGUUUGUCAUGCAUACAAUCCGGUCAUCAAAACAUUUGACCGCCAUUACGUCGAAACCAAAAUAACAUUGGAUGUUCAAUACCCUCCAAUAGUAGAGUUACGAUUUGGAAAUCGUUUGCUGGACACCGGGAGUAUUGGUCCUGGAGAUGACGUUUACUUCGAAUGUGCGGCCCGAGCCAAUCCGUCAACUACCAUCCGUUACAGUUGGUACCACAACGGUGUUCGGCUGAUGCAAGAGACUGAGAAAAGACGAACGGACGACGGAGACAAAAGGGGUGAAAAGAAAAACAACAGACUGGCAGGUCACAUUAUACAGUACAGCCAGUUGGGUAGUUUGGUUUUGCAAUCCGUGAAGGCCGCUGCAGCGGGAAAAUAUUCGUGCCAGGCGACAAAUGGGAUCGACAGCGACAGUAACGAUAACAAAACGAUUAGUAAUACUGUUCGAUUAUAUGUAAAACAUGUUCCGGUGUGUCAGCAUCGCGAAGAUAUUUAUAUUAUUACAAAAAAAUCCGACGCAGCCACUGGGCCAGUGAUUCGAUGUCGGGCAAGUCAUGGGCAUCCACCGACCAGUGAAUAUCAUUGGAAAUUUUAUCCUGAACAAGCGGAACCGGAAACCCACAAUAGAAAUUCCCUUGAAUCCAAUGAAAUGACAUUAACUGGGCGAUCAAUAAGAGAACUAGAUUCAUUACUUACGGAAACGGCUGUCCAAGGCAGUGAUGGCGGAAUAUCAUAUACAUUUACUACAAGUACGCCAGUAUUAAAAUCGUAUUUAUCAGUCGUAUCGGCCGCAGCUUCAGCCUCUUCAAGUGCAGUUCGUCCAAACUUUCUUCACGGUCGACUAGAAUGUCGGGCCGUUAACACAAUGGGCAUACAGAAUAAACCAUGCGUCUAUCAUAUAACAGAUAAAACAAUGAUCAAUCAUGGUAGUAGAGAUCUUCAAGAAAUCACUGAUUGCCGGUCAAUAUUAAAAAAAGAAUUAUCGAACGAAGACUCAAAUACAACUAUGACGUAUCCUUGUGGAACCAAAGUGGAAGGCAUCGUCACCAGCCCUAAUAGAAGAACACGAUUUUGCAUAACAUGUUCAUUGAACACGUCAUUGUUACAUUAUCAACAUCGGUUCAAUAAUUACGUUUUACAGCUUUUUAAGUCCGCACCUAGAGAAACACCUGCAACGGUUGCAGUUGCAUUUAAUGUUACUGGCGUUAUUAUAUCUGACAAUAAUAAUGGAAAUAGCAAGGCUAAUAUCAACGUGCAAGAUGAUGAUGAUGAUGAUGAUUACUAUUUUGAUCCCGAAGAAGACGUGGUAGGUCGCAAUAUUGGUGAUUAUAAUCUGGAUACUAAGAAUGCAGUUCAGAAAGUGGUAUUUGUAAUCGACGACAGCGUAGCACCUGGAAUAUAUCGUGGAAGGAUUUACAAUAGUUAUGGGGGCACCAUAUCUGCGAUUAUCAAAGGAAUGAUCAAUGUUGCAGCAGCGCCAUUUAAUGAUGUCAAUGACAAUGAUAGUUCCAACUAUAUUAUUGACGACAUCGGGGAUAACACUGACGAAUCGGCGUUGGGCUACGCUUGGCGCCGCGUCACCGUCGCGCUGGCAGACGCGUUUUCCCUGGUAUUGCCGCCGUCCGCAGAGGGCUCGGAACCGGGCUGGGACGACGAGGACCGCGCCCGGCCACCGCACAGACGUUGGCGGGCCACGUCCACCGCCCUAACUGCCGUUCUAGUGGCUGUGGUCGCGGCACUGUCUUGCGGCAUAUGCGGCGUGGUGGCGAUAUUGUACCGCCGUCAACGCUACGGCGACCGUCGCGGCGACCGCGGCCACGUCACGUACAGCCUUGGAUGCGACGGUACGGGAGGUGACAGCGGUGAUAGCGGUGAUGCUCGAGAUGGUGCUGGAAAACCCCCGAUCGUCGGGCGUCUGAAGACCGCGGAGACCGCACCGCCGCCGGCCGCAGACGUCGACGGCGCGCGACAACAGCAUCAGCUGCAGCAGCAGCGACAACUGCAACAGCGACAGCAACAACUGCAGCAGCAACAGCAGCAGCGACAACGACGACUGCAACAACUGCCAACCGCCACGUCCGAUGACGGUCGUGCCGGGGCUUGCGCGCCCCUGCUGCACUCGCAAACGUUGUCCCGCCGGGUGCAGUUGUACACGUCGGUGCCGGAAGCGACUGGUCGACCGUUGUCUAGCACGUUUCCGGCGGCGCGUGGCCCCGACGACUAUUACGACGACGACGCCACUACCGCCGCCGCCGCCGCGGCUUUGUCCGCCGUCCAUUGCAAUAAUGCCAUGACCGCCGACCGCCGCGACGACGGCAGAGGACCGGACAUCGUUAUGUCCACGGCCACGAAGCUGAAUUUGGCCGAUUCUGAUAAGUCGGGCGAUAACUGGCCACAGAAAAAUCAAUCACAACAAACGAAAUUCAAUACCAUGAACAGCGACCAAAAAUGGUCAUUAAACCGACUUCAGUAUCAAAAACCAAGUACAACUACUACUCCAAGGGCCAAAUUUACAACAGUUUUAACACCGACAGCAACUGCAAUCUUAACAAAUAAACACACAAUAUCUAAAACAAUCAAGCCGGCAAUAGAUGAACCUAUAUCAGUAUCAUCUCGGUUGAUAUUAAACGCGCUUCAUCGAGAGUCAUCCAUUUAAAACUAUGAUUAACUAUAAAUAGGGUCUUAUUAAAUAAUCGUUGUCUUAAAGACUUUCUUUUUUUUUGCUCUAACUUUAUUUUCUCGGUCUAUUUGUAAUCUUUAUUAGAUGCAUAAAUUGUGUGUAUUUACCGUAUCUUUAAAGUUAAAUAUUAUCUAUUUUAUUAGUGACCGUUGCCACUUUAUAAUCAUCAUGUUGUGAUCCUAUAUUUUUUUUCCUGAAAUCGUUACUUAAUGUUAUUGUUAAAAUAUUAUGUCUUGAUACGUUUUCAUUCGUACGGACGUGUUACCAAUUUUAAGUUAUAAGAAAGGUACCUAUAACCCUAUGAUUUAAUGUACCUACUACUUGUUAGCAUAUUAUUUAGGCCAAUAAAAAAGUUAGUUAUAAGUACUUUUGCAUUGUUUAUUUUUAGCAAAAUUAUUUAUUUAAAUUAUAUUAUAGUAGGUACUAUUUAAUUUAUCAU